AUGUCCGACGCGGGUCCCCCAACCGACCACAAUCCGACCUCUACCCAGGAAGAGACGCUCAAGUUACUCUACGAUCUUGACGCGCUGACGCAGAUUCCAGACGGGGAGUUCACCAGGGACAUUCCCCCACCGCCGAUCUUUACGAAGCGCGCUAGUAGAUUGACUCCGACCCAAAAUGGACAGCCAAGAACUUCGUCGGUACCGGCCGGCUCAGGAAACCAGGUUGAUGACGAGGAGGAGGAGGAGGAGGAGGAGGAGGAGGAGGAGGAGGAGGAGGAGGAGGAGGAGGAGGAGGAGGAGGAGGAGGAGGAGGAGGAGGAGGAGGAGGAGGAGGAGAAGGAAAGCGAUGACGAAAGCGACGAGCGUCCACAGCUUCGUGAGUGUAAGCUCGACGCCGAGUCCAUCGAGGAGGGGAACAACGCCACGCGAACCCAGCCUGUGCAAUCUACAACGGUGCACACGCUCUUCGGGCGCAUAAAGGCAUGCCAGAUGGCAGCGAGAGUGGAGGCGACGCUCUACCGGGAGACGGAGCUGAGCAUCAUGCGGGAGAUAUCGGUUGUCAGAUCGGAGGUGCUCACGCUACUCUCCCACCACACUCUCCUACGCGGUGCAAGCAUCCGCGAGAUCACACUCCCCGACAUCUUCUUGUACCGACUGGCGAGCACCUCGUCGGUGAACCCGGAGAACCAGCCGGUCGUCAUGGUGAUCGCUGCGCGGAACUCGAAGACGUCCAAGGAUGCGCGUCUUCAUCAGAGCUACGCGGCGUGGCACCUCGAAGCGGAGUUGUGUGCCGUCGGCAAGACCGGCCUGCGAUUGCACUUCAUCCUCGACCAGAUCGGUCAGUUUCACGGCGUUGACUUCCUUCCGCCGCUGGACACCUCCGAGCGCGAGCGGUGGUACAAGAAGCAUCUCUUCUUCGCCCGCAACGACGCCGACCAAAAUGAGCUCUCUGCGGCAAGCCACCAACGCUGGACGCGGCAGAUGUGGGACACCAACAAGGUGUUCCGCAAGAGGAACGUGCACGCCGCUCGAGCAGGAGGGGCCCAGGAGCUGGCCAUCGAAGGCACGCCGCGCGCCGAGAUCGCGGAGCUGGGUCACUGGGCGCUCGACAAGAUGACGCGAGCAUACAUCACCGCCAUUCCGGUGGGGGUGGUGAUGAUGAAGGCCGGUUACUCUGGUUACAAGCAGGACUACUUCUUGGGUCGGAGUGGGGUGCCGCUCUCCGAGAAGCUCCUGAAGCUCAUCGCCGAGCACAUCUUCCCCGCCGUCGACGCCAUGCUGAAGAAGGUAUGUUAA